AUGAUCUCUUCGGGCUGCAUCAUCCGUCACGUGAACGGAAGCGGCCACUCAACGGUGACCCCCUGCGUUGAGCAUGACCUCACGUGCUACUACAUCGGAACUACGAGCGUCAACAGCGAGUCCUGGGUGGCGACCAGCGUUUGCGGAGGGCUGAAAGGGUUGCUCACUUUCGGAAACACGAGCCUGUUCAUCUACCCCCUGAAGAAGACGUCGGAACAGACGCCAUCGUCACCCAAUCACAUGAUAUACCGUUACCAGGGUGACAAACACGUGUGCAAGACGGAAGACGACAUUGCCAAGAUUCUUUACCCGACGUCACAAGCCAGGCAGAGGCGUCAAAUCAACGAUAUGAAAACCAGGUACAUAGAGGCGGGGAUCGUGGUCGACCCUUCAAUGGCGAGAUUCCACAACAAAAACAUUUUCCAGUACGUUUUCACUGGCUUUAACAUUGCUUCAAAGUUGUUCGCUGACGAGUCCAUUGGCACGUCGAUCAAACUCUUUAUGUCAGAGAUAGUUGUGGUCACCUCGUCAAAAGACCGGAAGUCUGCCAACGGUCUUGCGUUCCCCUCAGGGGCCUGUAAAAUACGUGAGAAGUGUGCCGUCGUGGAAGAUACUGGGCCCGUAUUUGGUCUCACCCUGGCGCAUGAAAUAGGCCACCUUCUCGGAAUGGGCCAUGACAACACCAGCAAAAACAACUGUAAACCGGCACUCAUGUCCGCGUACGGCAAUAUUGGAAUUGACGCCUUCAGGUGGUCGGAAUGCAGUGCCCAUGAACUGAAAUUCAACUUGUACAAUCUUGCGUGCCUGAACGAUGGGCCGUUGGUGAGUGUUGACGGUAACAUGACUCACCUGCAUGGCUCCCAGCUCGUCACGCUGCCUCUACCCGGCAUGGUGUACACAGCGGACGAUCAGUGCCGUCUUAUGCUCGGUGACCACGCAUACUUCUUAUUCAUCCCAGGACAUGACCCCUGCAAAGAGAUCGCCUGCCACACCGAUCUGGGCAACUACUAUUACUCCCAGCCCCUGAUGGAUGGGACUGACUGCAAUAACACCCGAAUGUGGUGCAUGCGCGGUGAGUGUGUUCCCAUGAACGCCUCCUUACAGACGGACCCAAUCCCCGGUGGCUGGAGCCCGUGGGUGAAUGCCAUGUGCAGUGACACGUGCGGGGGUGGCCUGCUUAUUGAGAAAAGGACGUGUACCGAUCCCAGACCCCGGUAUGGCGGAAAGAUUUGCGUAGGACCGUCCACGAAAUACCGGCUUUGUAACAUGCAGAAAUGUCCCGGCUAUACAAGUCUGAAUAUGACGUGUGACAUGUCAAACAUUAAUGGUACAUACGGAUGUAACAACACAUGCAAUGACCCUAACACUAUGAAGGGCAAUACCUACAAAACCUGCUUUUACCUGGACCUGAUGCCGUUUAAGGCCUGUGUUGAUCAACAAUGUCAGCAAUUCGGCUGUGACGGCGUCCAUGGAUCCCGGGUGCAGUAUGACGCGUGCGGAGAGUGUGGCGGAAAUAACACCACGUGUCUGAAGAAGGCGUAUACCUUCUCGGGCACAGUACAUUCCUAUCUGAACGGUUACCGUGCCGUGGCGAGCAUUCCAAUUCACAGUACAGCCGUGCGGGUGGAACAGAAUAAUACAGACAUGGUACUUGGUAUCACAGUGAACAACGAGGUCAUAUUCGACGGAGAAAACUUCAUUAAACAGACCCUGGUGAUCAGUAGGGACAUUCCAAUCCUGUACAGGCCCUCUCCGGAGCUGAUAGAAAUAGGCGGACCCUUGCGUGACAACUUUGUCAUACAGGCACGAGUCAGGAAGGACAUUCAGAUGAGAGGGUCGAGCGAGUUCGCGGUGGUUAGCGUCUACCACAUGGCUUUUCCACAGGACAUUCCCAGAUACACGUGGGGAGAACGCACGAGCCAGUGCUCCAUCACGUGCGGCGGAGGACAGACAAUUCAGAAAACCUACCAGUGUUUUGACAUCAGUGGUAACACAGUGGAAGACUAUCGGUGUGAUAUCUCCACAAAGCCAAACGAUGAACUAUCUACUUGCUACACUCCACCAUGCCCUGUUAGAUGGGUAGCGUCUGAAUGGGGGUUCUGUUCUGGGAGAUGUGGACAGGGUAUCAAGGUGCGAAACGUGUCUUGUAUGCAGCUGGCAGACGGACAGGACCAGGUGCUGAGCGAUGAUCGCUGCCUCGGUUUCACCAGACCAGAUUCCAACAUCAUGUGCGAUCUGAAUCCAUGUGGGGUCUGGAGGAAAAUAAGAGUGUCUCAGUGUUCAAAGACGUGUAGCGAAGGGAUUCAGAGGGCGAAAUAUAAAUGUUUUGAAAAUUCCUCUUCCGACAAACUUGUUGACGAAUCACUGUGUCCGGACCUGGCACUCAUUGACAUCAUUGAAGUAUGCAAUCACGGACCGUGUGUCAUUGAUCCCUAUACAACGUCGCCACCCCCUCGAGACCUAGAUGAAAGGUGUGGGCAGUACAUAGCCAACAGCCAGGUGAUUGAUCUAUGUGUGCUGGAGCAGUACAGGGCGUGGGGAGAGAAGAACUGCCGAGCCACGUGCUUGCCGUGUAUUGGCGCUGUUGAUAGACAACACGAACCCCCAUGUAAGAUGUAUGAUCGGAAAUACUGCCUAGACCCCAUAUACCGUCAAUACAUGAGCACUCACUGCGGCCGCUACUGCUGUCCCUGCCAUAUCGACGGCAGCCUGUGUCGGUCUUGAUUGCCGACGGUGGAUUUCAGAGCCGAAAUGCUGUUUAUACCUUACACGUUUGUGCUGAUGCGUAUGUGUGAAGUAUUUUUUUUAGCAUAUUAACGAUCGAUAAUCUGAAACCGGAUAUAGGUGUGUUUGCUAGAUACUUAUUUUGUGUGUAUGUAUUUUAAGAAUUUAUAAAAGUUUGCACCAUAAUGAGCGUUGCUGGAAUAAUUAACGCAAAUUAUUCUAUAUAAGUAUGUGAGUAAGUAUAGUGAAAAUGGUUGUUGUAUUUGUUUCUCGCAAUGGUGACCCGUACUAUUACAUUUAUCAUAUAAAACUUUUCACAGUCAUGUCCAACUGUAUUUUACAACAUGGUUUAAUUGGGUCAUUCUAAAUGUUCAUUUAUUUUGUAAGUUAAUAAUAUUGUGGGCUUACGGAGAGUCAGGUGUCUUUGAUAAAACUGAAUGUUUGUAUAGGGUAAAGAAGAACAUGUCAUACUAUAUAUGGGCCGUGCUCUGUGAAAGGGGGGUUUAAUGCAUGAGCGUAAAGUUCCAUCUCGAAUUAUCCUCUGUAGUCCCCAGGCAUGACACGUUUCGCUUUUAAAAUAGUUUUCGUUUAAAGCAAGUCUAUUGUAAGCACAAAUCUGCACAGGCUAAUCUGGGACGACAAUUUACGCACAUGCAUUUAAGCCCCUUCUCACAGAGCUUGGCUCAUUUUUUUACUAAAUCAUUUGUACAGUUCGUCAUAUUUUUUAAAUACCUAUACUUCAAAUGUAUCCGAGUGCUUCAACCCUUUUAUGCAGUCGUACCGCAUAUAAUCAUUUAAAAACAAGAAAGCAUUCUUAGGGUAAUAAAAAUUGAACUUUAUAUGUAUGUCUAUAACAAACACGACGAUGUGAAAUGUGACCUACCCUAUUGUUUCUUCGACUUACCAAACAGUUUAGUUAAAUCCGCUGUACAUCGACUUCGUUGUUAAAAUAGUUUAACUGAUUUUAAUAUAACCGUAUAUGAUGUAUUUUCGUCUAUCUCUAAAUUCUUCUUCUUAUAAGUAUGCUUCUUCAUAUACAGAUGGUACAAUUGUGUUUCAGAUUCUUCUUUUAGGAAAGUAUGUACAUAUGUAUUGUGUUUUAUGUAACCGGUAGUGUAUCCUAAUA